AUGUCUUUUUUAUGUUUACCACUACGCUCUGCAAAGCCCAAAGCAAAGCCCAAACUCGCCCAACGUAAGAGUUCUAAACAGAGUGGAUCGGAUGGUCUAUCAGUGCCAACCAACGGCGAAUACUUCUUCGAAGGGGUAAAGAUUUCACUGCAGCUCCUUGGUGAGCUCGCCGAUGUUAUUCCGGUUCCUUACGUAAUACAAAAGGGCGAGCCGCUGAAAGGAAAGAGGACAGAGGAAGUUCCGGCUGAUAUGGAAACGAGUAUCAAUCGUAUCACCGCGAUCCUUGAAGAGAUUGCUAAUGUUCUGGACAACAUUGCAAACCAAAAUUAUCUGCUGUUACUUUUAUUUCAGAGCAAGAAUGCUGAGAAAGUUGCAAGUGCUUCUCAGAAAAUCGACCAAGCAUUAGAGCAUUUCUCUGUUUCUACAAAGAUUGAAGAAGCAGUACGCCUUUGCGGGAUGGCGACAGACAUCCGUCAUAUGGCGCAAGAGCUCACUGAGAUUAAAACCAUGUUGGUUCAGCAAGCCCAUAGUGGAUCUUCAGCUUCAGCACCUCCGAUCCCCCGCAACAGCUCUAUCUUUUAUGGUCGAGAUGUAGUUGUAAAAGACAUCGUGAACCAGAUAUGCGGCACAGAGAGUUCUAACGUCGCGCUCCUUGGACGUGGAGGAAUCGGAAAGACGGCCGUGGCUCUUAGUAUCAUCAAUUCCCCAGAAGUUGAGCAGCAUUUUGGCACGAAAUGUUUUUGGGUCCCUUGUAAUCAAGCUGACUCACCGUCGCGACUUCUCGACAUCAUGGUCAAACAUCUGAAUAUCACGCAAAAUACUGCAAACCGCUUGGAAGAUAUUAUAUCAGAAUUGAAUGCCACUACAGAUUCGCGCAUCAUCAUGUUCGACAACUUCGAGACCGUGUGGAACCUAGACCAACAGGUGGAAAUCUCGAACAUCUUAAAUUCCAUUGAAGAAAUUCCUCAUCUCUCAAUCCUGGUCACUAUGCGUUCUGAGGUCGCCCCAUCCUCCGGGAUUGAAUGGCGUACUCAAAAGCUUUAUGCUCUUGAGGUGGAAACGGCACGGACGGUGUAUAUAAAAAUCCAUGAUCAAGCGGAGAGAGAUGACGCCCUGGACCAUCUACUUUCGGAGCUAGACCAUGUUCCUCUCGCAAUUACGCUUAUGGCAGCUCUUGGGAAAACCUCGGGUUUUAUGCCGACUCGCCUUUUGGACACUUGGAAGAAUAUUGGGACAGACAUGCUUAGUCGAAAUGCAGAUCCCAACCGCAGCGUCAAUUGCUCUAUUCGUCUCUCCGUCGAAAGCCCUCUUAUGGCAUCCCACCCAGAUGCUCCUUCGCUCCUGACGACAAUCUCCAAACUUCCUGGUGGCGCAAAUUUUGAUUUAUUACAGAAAAUAUUCCCGUCUACUGUCGACAUUCCCGGGGCAGUAGCUGCUAUCACACAGUCAGCGCUCGCAGAAUAUAGAUCUAACACCGAUUCUAUCCAUGUUCACGCACUGAUCCGUUCUUACAUGCUUACUCAUCACAACUUGAACGCUGAAACUCAAAAGAAGCUACACCAGACCUUUUGUCAAAUCGUAUCAGACCACUCAUCUAAGCCUGGGGAUGCUAAGUACUCUGAAGAUACUCGAGUCAUUGCUGCCCAGGAAUCCAAUAUUCAUGCCAUCUUGCUAGAUGCAGCACAGGGCAUGAUCGAACAUGCUACUUUGGAGGCGUUGGUGUCUUUUAGCUGGUACCAAUGCUGGACGCGGCCUAGCGAGGAAAUAGUCGACCGUGCUAUUGAAUUUGCACGCAAUGCGCCAAACAGCCGGCUUCAGCUAGCCAAUGCACUAUUGUGUCGGGGCCAGGUUUGUCAGCAAUUAGGCCGCUAUGAUAUUGCAGUUACCUCUACCAAAGAAGCAAGGGAGAUCUUUCUCAAAAUCAAGGAGAGGCGUCUUGCAGCUGAAUGCUUACUGAAGCUGGGAGGGACUUACGCCUAUCAACACCUGCCCAGUGACCAGUAUGGGCGGGUAAUAAGGUUGGCCCAAACAGAGUUCCAAGACCUUGGCGAAGAGCUUGGCAUUGCCGAGAGCCUUCAACACCUAGGAAUGUAUCUUUGGUAUAGGUGCCGAUUCUCGGAAGCACACGAGGCCCUGGAGGAUGCUCGCCAUCGUUUCGAGAAGCUGGGUCGUGAGACUGAUGCAGCCAUGUGUCGAGCCUGGGAUUCCAGGGUUUAUUUUGAACUCAAGCAAUAUCCUCAAGCUCGCGAUGCCGUGCUAGAUGCAUUGCCAGUUCUGCGACGCUCGGGUGAUAAGGACUCAAUUGUUCGAUGUCAGAUUCGCCUCACUAGGGCCCUCAAGGAAAUGCUACAAGUUAGCAGUACAGCGGAACAAGUAUCAUUGAGUGAACAAGCAUUCCGGGCGAUCAAUGAAGGGCUUAAAAUGGCUUUAGAGCAAGGCAGUCCAUUGGCCAUUGGCCAGUUAUACGAGGAGCUUGGGGAUAUAUGCCGACUGCGAGAAGAUUACGAGACGGCUCGUUCAGCGUACGAGCAAGCCCUCGGAUACUACAAACGUCUGGGUCACAAUGACCAAGGUGGAACAUCUCGCUGUAAAGUGGGGAGGAGUGAAAGCGGGUCAUUUGUCGUGACAUGUAACGCGGUCUGCUUGACCAGGGACUUGCCCCCUGAGGAGUCCGCUGAAGUUGUGCUUCUUGGUUGCAGUGACCCCCGUAACAUUCUUUACACCAUAUAUUGCGAACCUGAGUACUUUUGCCGAAAACUUGAUUAUACCUGCUGCGAUAUUGAUCCAGCUGUUUUAGCUCGGAAUAUUCUUUUAUUUAGCAUGGUAGCCGAUGACCUGCCACCUACCGUCAUUUGGAAUAUGUUUUUCCACUUUUACCUUGAUAAUGAUUCGCACUCUACACUGAGCUCUCCGAAAACUUUCAAACUUGGCGUACAUCCCCGUAUGGGGCAUACAUUAGGAUGUGUAGUCAACACACUCGCAGAACUUCGGCGCCACUGGUCACUCUAUGCUAAUAUGCAAGAUCUGCCUCGCAGUCAUACCAAAACUAUCUACGACAAAUUUACCCGAUUUCGUAAACUGGCAUCGCAGAAAAAUGCACUAUCCGUAGUGGCGGCUCGAUCAGUAGGACCUCUCACAUUGCAGGCGACAGAAGUCGUGGUUCUCCAGUUGAAGAAGUACUGGGAAACGGGUGUGACAUUCACUGACGACAAGCAGAUUGCUGCUUCCAAGUUACUCAACCCGACAUUCGUUUACUCCCAGGGUGGCGAAGAAUGUUCUGUGCACUAUGGGACUGACCCGCUCACUCCAUUCCAUCUAGCUGCUUUGUUUGGGAAUGCAGAGGGCCCUGUUUCCAUUUCAGACGCUGUAACGGGAGCAAAACAACAAUUUCAUGCUUGGUGUAAUGCUUAUCGCACAUCUAUUUCUUCUGCCAAUGUCCCGGUUGUUCGAUGCAUCGUUGGCGAAGUUACUUCGUCGGUUCGACUCAGCGAACGCGAAUAUUUAUCUGGCGGGGCUCCAGUCACCUUCAAUGUCGUCGAUACAUCCAACUUGGAUGAUCACAUUGGGCUUCUAAACGUCCUCGUAGCUUCUCUUCCCCUUAUGUCUUCGGGGCCACACAGCGUCCUUUACACCGAAUCUCUAUUGUCUCGUGGACAUAAUGCAACGAGAGAGUUUGCUCAACGUUUAUAUGCAGAUUUAACAUCAAUCGGUCUUAUUUUUCGUCUAUGCCCGGUCGACUACCUCUCUGGCUUUACCACACGAUCGAAUGUCCACGAAGUAUUCAUGUACCGUCAUUUAACGUCACCAGGGAAGCAGUUCCAUCAGGUGACAACGUGGAAGCCGCUCACCUCUGGAGAUGCCCUUAUUUCGCGAUUUGGAAUCAGAGCGCCGCCUCCGGUUUUCGACCCAAACCAGCUUGGAACACUCCUAUAUGACAUAUACCACCAAGUGUUUAAGUAUGAGGAGCCUUUGGAAUUUUUUGCACAACACGCAAAAUCUGCGGACAAGGGCAUAGCCAAUUCGAGCCUUAUACACGACACGCGUGAAAGCUUUGUGCUGUUCCUCCAGCUAUGUCGCUUUAGGCUUAGCGUUGCUGAAGAAAUGUGGAUGAACGUCAUGGACAGGUUCUUCGAGCUUGAGAAGGCAGAUAAAUCAUUAUUCCUAAUUAGGCUCAGUUACCAAGAUUUCUGUGGGCAACUACUUCGCCAUGGAGUAUACACUGCCCCUGCACUUCGGACUAAUCCUUCAAAACUUGGCAGGAUCUCAAAAUGGGAUACUGUUCCAGCUCUCGUUCGAAUUGUCCUGCUCAUCCCUCGUGAGUGUCUAGCUGUGCUGGAACACUCAAAGGAGGAGAUUGGCACCCCGUCACUGCACUGCGAUAUCGUAGAUAAUCGCCUUGAGACUCAAAAUGUAUUCGCUUCGAUAAGCGUUGCGUUUGGGAGAGCGCAAGUAAUUGGUACUGGAGCACGGUCGAAGGUCCUUUUUGAAGAGGAUUCAAAGGGUUGGAAAGGAAAUUCACCCCUCAUAGCGUCAUUCACCGCACCAACCCAGGUCAUAACAGACUUAAGGGCUCCAGAUACUCUCCACGUACGCUUCUUAAUCGGGACUACGCCAGCGACAGUGUUGCUUACUAGGAAGCUCGGAAUCAAGUUUACUCUGUUCAGCGCAAGACUGAUGGACGAGUCUCGUGUUUUUGUCUUGCCUGAUUCGCCAUUGCCCCUCGCGUCGCCGAAUCACAAAACAUAGGUACCAGCGCAACUAUCUCCAACGCCCAUAAUCAAAGGACUUCUUUCUCAGAUCGGAGAAUCUAGUGCCGCAGUUGUGGAGCUAGACGAAGAAUGUGAACUGGUUGUAUCCUUGGAUUGCAUGGACCUCACUUUUCGGCGUCUCAUAUCUAGAGACUGUCGGUCGCAACCUAGAGGAUUCUUUGUGUAAAGUUUGUAGAGGGAAAGGCAUGCAAUCAUGUGGGGCAUGCAAGAAGGCGCGGUAUUGUUCCCGAGAAUGUCAGAAACAGGAUUGGAAGGUUCACAAACCGCUCUGCAAGCCUUAAAGCUGACAAGGUUUGUCAACUAGUAGCUAGAUUAUAGGUGUACGUUUCUGAUGGCAAGGAUAGAAUAAUUAUUUUGUUGUGAGA